UAUUCUAUUCUUUUGUUUUCCAGGCCUUAGCAGCUGGUGCAUUUGACCCAUCAUCAUCAAGAGUUGAACUAAGAGUAGCCGUUCGGAAAGGAUAUUUCAACAAAUACGCAGACAUCAUCUCAGGCCAAUGGCUGACCGACACAUCGGCCGAAUACACCUCGGACCCAACAGAAAUACUCAAUUACUGCCAACAGAAAUACCCCAACGCAGAGGUAAAUAACAUCGUUGACAGCAGCCAGCCCACGAGGAUAGACCAGUGGUGUCCUGUCAAUGGCGAUGAAUGUACAAGCUCUGCAAAGGUCACUUACUACAGGUGUCUUGUUGGUCCGUUUGAGAGUGAUGCCCUCAUGGUGUACAAUGUCUGCAAGUUUUAUCACAAGCACGAUGAGACUACAUGCAGAGAACCAGAAUACUGGAAAGGGGUAGCGGAUGAAGAUUGCCGGGCUAAGAAGAUGGGGAUCAAUUCUACCGGCAUGCUCAUCCCUUGCAAAACCGACAAAUUCAAGGGCGUGGAGUAUACCUGCUGCCCCCCUCCCACCUACCGGCCGAUGACCGCCGACGAGACCGAGGUGGAGGAGGAAGAGGAUGAGGCCGAGGCUGCUGUCGAGGAGACAAUGGGCCAGGUCCAAGAAGAGCUUCCAGUCCAGGCCCCAGCCCCGGAGAGGGACAAUGUCGUUGAUGAGCCACAAGUCAAAAGCAAUAUCCUCGACGACCCUUACUUCUCAGAGCAGGGUCUGACGGGUAGAGUAGAGAAGAAGGAAUACGCCAACGCCAAGAGCCGUCUCUCGGCAAACCAGAAAGCAAAGAUGGCUCGCGUUAUGCAGCAGUGGCAGGAAGCACAGGAGCACUACGAGACACUCAAGGCCAAGGACCCAGAGGCUGCUGAGAAGAUGAGGAAAGAGAUGACAGAGCGUUUCGAGCAGACCAUCGGUACCAUGGAAACAGAGAACGCAGAAGAGACAGAGGAGCUACGAGAAGCCCAUCAGGUCCACAUAGAAGUCAGUCUACGAGAGAAGAUCAAUGCAUCGUACGAAGGUUACAGAUUCACAGUCGAUGUGCCUAAACCGAAGUCUAAGAAGAUCCUCCACUCCCUGAGGCGAUAUCUUCAUGCUAUCCAGAAAGCCAGACAGCACUACAUCACCCAUUACAAGCAUCUCCGCAAGACGGACCCACUCAAGGCCGAUCAGCACAAACGCUUUACCUUGAACAAGCUCAAGACGCUAGACAUUGAGGUGGCACAGGGCGUCGAACUUCUCAAGAAGGUACCGGACCUCUAUGCCGAACUCAAACCCAAAGUUGAUGCUCUCCUGGACAGCACACAAGACAGCCCGGAGGAUGCGGCUCUCAUCCGGGCCACGGAGGAGGAGGAGCAGCAGAUGGCCGAGCCAACCGAAGCACCACCUGCAGAGCGCACCGACCUGGAACCGGUAGCAGAAAUUAUGGAACCAGAUUCCGAGGAAGGCACCACGCAAGAGGAAGAAGAAGAGGAGGAAGAAUUGGAAGUGGAGGAAUUUUUGGAGGAGGACACCGAAGCCCCAACCGUCUCCAAGAGCACCGAGACCAAACCAAGCACCCAGGCCAAGACCAGCCCGGCCCAGACCAAGCCUAGUCCAAUGCAGACCAAGCCCAGGACCUCCACAGCUACACACACAGAGCCAGAACCACCCACGCCAAGCAGGGUUACGGGGUCAGAGGUUGAACAAGAGACAGAGAUCCAGGUCCCGGCUGAGAAAGUUCAGAUUGUGGCAGUCAAACCAAUUGAGAGUUACCUGGAUGAAGAGCUGACUGCUCCUGUUGAUACUGACGUCGUCAAGCCACAAACACUCAUCGUGGCCCAGAAACCCCAGGCCAAGGUGGAGAAGUCCGCAGCAGCAGCCCGGGUCGAGAAACAAAGAUUGGUCAGCAGACAGGAUGUCAAUUCUAUGGAUAAGUCGGUGACUAAAAAGCGUAUGCAGCUGAGGUACGAGCCCAUGAUGGCGUUUGGUCUCGCGUGCGGAGUGCUCGCCGUGGCAACCGUCCUCGUCAUCGCGGUCCUCAUCGUCCGGAGGAAGACGCGACGAACGCCCGUCAACAGCGGCUUCACCGAGAUCGACCCCAACCUGACCGUCGAGCAGAGACAUAUUGUGGCCAUGCAGCAAAACGGCUAUGAAAACCCGACAUAUAAGUACUUCGACAUGCAGUAGCUCACCACUGAGAGUCGACAAAAUAAUACGAUGGCCCUCUAUUGCUGAACUGUGUAUUCUUGCACCUAUGUUUAUUUCAAAUGGAAAGAACCAUUACCGAGCACAGAUAUUAUAUCACGGAAGAAGAAGCGAUUAUCACUCGUCGCAUCAGCUUGCUAUCAAAGAAAAAAAAAACACUUGAAUGAAGUACUCUGCCCUCAUAUUUAUUAUAGUUUAUAUCAACAGUGUAUUAGUACAUUAAAAUAAUAGAAAAAACAAACAUGUAUUUAGUAGUUACAUGUAUGUACUUAAAAAGCAUUCAACUCGUAAUGAUAUGACAAGCACAGUAUACCCCUGUAUUCUGAGAAGUUCACAAAGUAAGUAUAUCAUUCUGCUAUUUCCACCUAACAAAUUGGUAGUAUGUUUGUACAUCUGUGUCUGUAUCUACACGUACAUCACGACCUGUCCUGGUAAAUUUAUCUCUAGAACUUCCGUUUCUUUCUCUCACUUUAAAGAAAGAAGCACUUAAGUAUUGCAAUAUUAAAUGUACAUUAAGAUUUAUUUAUUUAUCAUGUGAAAUCAUGUUAAAUUGACUUUAACAAAGGUGUUUUUAGCACUCAUUCCAUGGCUAGCAAUCACGUCACUCAUAAAAAGUUGAAGGUUUUUGUUUACACGUAAAAUGUUUUGACUUAUUGAUAUUUACCGUGCUUAUUCAACGCAUUUGUUACAGCAAACUUGACAUAAUCAAAAGUAUAACAAAAUUGUGACAUUUGAAACUCAUAUCAAACUCAUUAGUAAUCAUAGUUGUUUCUUAUUUAAUCUUGCGACUCAAUCCUCUUGUUAGGAUGAUAAUAAUUUUUUUUAGUGUUUGACAUACAUUGUGAAUUAGGCUUGCAAUGGUAAUACAAUUAAUAAACUAACAUAUAUUUGUGUUUCUGAUGCCAGGUUACAACAAUUAAAACAGACUGAAAAAUUGACGUCAUGAUGCUUCUGUUGUAGGCCAAUUUGAAGAAAAAAAUACGUUGACAAAUUCAAUAGAUUGUUGUAGUUAUAAAAUGCAUCUUGGUAUUGAUAUCCUUAAAUACUCUUCGACAUUUAGCAUCUCUUUCAUAAAAACUCAAUCUUUGUGACGUAAAGAAAUAACAUGACCUACUUCUUAUACAUGUACAUGUACUUGUAAAUUCAAGAUUGAUUUUUUUUUGGUGUGAUAUAAUCAUGUCUAUAAUAUUAAUUUAACAAGAAAAAAAAGAGAAUUAUUGUAAAUCUUUUUCACCAAGUAGUGGAUUAGUGACAUUGUUUAUUGUUGUACAAAAUUUAGCCAACUUUGGAUGUCUUGUGAAAAAGCAUACAUUUUUCUGUGAGCUAAAUUGCUGUAGAUUUCUUGCUCAGCGUACAUUAGAUCUGUUAUCAAAUUCGAAAAGUAGGUAAGAACCAAGGUACGUUACAACAGACCUGUAUGUUUGUAUAUUUAUAGUACUUGGACGUGCCCUUCGUAACUUUCCGGUUGUCAUGGCAAUGGAGUAACAAAGUGAUCAUAUUUAUGCAUAAGAAGCAUAUGCAUUUGUAGUCAUGGUAACAUGAACUGCUACAAUCUUUGUGGUGAGAAGUUGGCAAUAGCAUAGGGUAUGAAUUAAAUCAGGAGCGAGAGGUUCAAGAAAAGGAUGAUCAAUACAUCUUAAUGCCAGUUCAUAAGGCAUAAAGACUGCAAAGCUUGUUGUCAAAAGGAAGAAGGUCUAGCCUCAGGUUCACAAGAUCCCUGUCGAAAAGGCUUAUGCUCCCCGAUGCAUAAGGUAUUCAAGGCAUAAGAUCCUUAUAUCUUGAAGUUCACGAGACGCAAAAAUUCAUAUGGUUUGUGCUCCUUUAUGCAUAGAGUAUUCAAGGCAUAAGAUCUUUAUAUCUUGAGGUUCACGAGACACAAAUUUCAUAUGGUUUGUGCUCCUUUAUGCAUUAGGUAUUCAAGGCAUAAGAUGGUACCAUGUCUUACCAUUCACAAGGCAUAAGUUUUUUAUGACUUAUGCUCAUUUUUGCAUCAGAUCCGUAUGUCUUUACUUUCACAAGGCAUAAGUUUCAUAAGGCUUGUGCUCCCAUAUGCAAGGCAUAUUAGUCAUAAAAUUUCAAGGCUCACAAGAUAAACUCUUUCAUUAGCUUUAAGCUUCUCAAUGCAUGCAUCUGCAAGCCACACAAUUCAGACACUGUAUAAGCCUUGGAUUCAUAAGAGUUUUAAGUCUUUAUGACUAAUGGUCCAUAAGUUAUUUGUCUGUGAGUGCAUAAGGGUCACAAGUAUUCAAGUCCAAUACUGUUGUGAUACUUUGGCCUUCAAGGCAUAAUAGACCACUAGAUCGUAAAGGCUAGACCAAGGCUGAGAUGUAUUUUAGUCUAGUUACAAGGUUACAGGACCAAAGAGAUUCAAAUGCAAAAUUACAAAAGGAGGUCUUGUGAACCUAGGACAUCUUAGAUCCGCCGAGGUGGACUGCCUCAGGACGACAUCAAGGAGUAAAGGGUCGGUGACAAACUCCUAUGAAAGGCAUUCAAAACUGUUGUAAAUAUUGGAUAUGAAUUAUAAGAUAGGCAUGUGCUUUAAAAGUGUAGCAUCUAGCUCCGCUAGCCCUUCGCUAGUAUUUAACCCUCAUUGCGUGAGUGUCUUGUGAAUGUCUAAAUAGCAAUGAAUAUUAUCAAUGUCUCAUUAGUAUUCAUAUUAUUCAAAUGAGUGCUGUACAAAGGUCAUUACUAUGUGUGCUUUAUGAAUAUUCAUAUAUUGAUAUUCCAUAUUAAGGAAGGGGAAUGGGGAGGAAAACCAUGAUUUUUUUUUAGUUGUGGUUCGGGGUUAGGGGGUCGUAUUGUGUUCAUUUGUUGAUUUUUCGUUAUGGUUUCUGAUAAUAAUGUAGUUUUCAUUGAGAGAGUUACGAAAGAGGCUCAUGUAUUUUGUUGUCUUUUUAUGCUCAGUGCACAGUAUGGAAGAUUGGAAGAAGAGUCUUAAACUUUUAAAGAAAGUGUUUAAUUUCUACAGUUUUUGAUCGGAAUGGGUCAUUCCAUUAAAAGAAAAGGGGGUGGAGGAUUGAUUUGAAAGGAUUAAUGGUUAGGAUAAAUUGAUUACUAUUAUACUACUAUACUACUUGUUCUGUGUGAAACAGUACUUCAUGUGACCAUUACUUAUUAUUACAUAAGGAAAUCUUAUUUAUUGUAUAUUUCAUCCAGUUUUAAAUUUUGUGUCGGUGUAAUUUAAUUAUGAUAUGCUAAAUCUUGUCCGAAGAUAUAUGUUCCUAGACUUCAUGUAUUUUAAACAAUAUUCACAAGUUUUCCAUUCACACAUUUGCGAGCCAUCAUAAAUAUCCUUUUUUUGUGUGUAAUCGCUGUGUCAAUGUGGAUAGCAAAAACGUGCUUUCAAGCAUUUUAAAUUUAAGAUACAAAUAUGGAGCAACAGUAGGCUAUUUCUGUAAUGUGAUCACUUGGACUGUUAUCCGUAUGAUCCUAAUUAAUGCAUGCAUCUUUGUUAAGUGCCUUGGUUUGUGUGACGCCAUUCACAAACAACAAGAAUUUUAUUUCAUCGGUCAGAAUUUUGUGAAUAUCAGCCCCCGAACACAUAGGCUCGCGAUUAAUUGCCAACUUGAAUGAGCAAUUUAGAUUGAUUCCUCGUCAGUCUACUGACCAAAAUGCACCUGCAAAUGAUGAUCUUGAUAGGCAAAUUUAUUUAGCGAUUAAUCACCAACCUCUGUGUUACAGGGCCUUAGUAGUGAAGCAUCUGAGUUCACACCAGAAAAUACUGAAAAUUGGAAUAUGAAUUUUGAAGUAUUGGAAUGACGCCAAUACAGCUCUUCACAAAGAUCCAUGCAUUUAGUGGGGCUAAUUACAAAACUGGCCUAUUCAGCAUAUUUCAACUUUUUAUUUUCUUGUCGUAAAGCAAAAUUUCAUUGCUCCGUGUAAAAAAAUGCAGUUGUCAUGUGAUGCUGGAUGGAUUAACAUUGUCGGUAAAAUUUGUUUCUAUUACAGCAUUGUACGAAAAAUUGUUUUCUGUCUUAUGAGAAGCAAGAUCAGGUAUUUUUUAAGUGCUAAUAUAUCUUCUUUAACCAGCAUUACAUGUUUUUUUUUCUAUGUGACCGUCUUAACACAAGAGCUGAAUAUCUGAGUGUUUUCUUUGCCCAUUAUAUGUUUUUAUUUGUUGUAAAUAAGAAGCUUAAAAGUAAUAUUCCUCUAAAGAGUAAUAUGUUUAUGUAUUUCUUGUAUUCUGUUUUGCCAAAAAUGUUGUACACUGAUUAUUUUAUACCUGUCUUGUAUGCUUAGGCUGGGUUGCACAAAGGGGGUUUGUUUAUGGAAAAGAUCUGGGGAGCUUUUCACAAAGGGAUCAUGAGGACAAGUUCAGAGACAACCCACUUGAAAAGGGUUCGGUUU